AUGAGUCGAUUCCUUCCCAAAACCCCCGAAGUCACGAGAUAUCGUGUCGGCCCUCCACCGGUCAGCGCAGAUUCGAUCGCUGUUGAUUCGCCUCUCAAUACCCUCAAGAAGGAUAUCUGGACUGUAUGUCAACUUGAACAAUCCUCUGCCGCUCAAGCCCUCUUUCCGCCUGUUGGAGAUCCUCGCGGCGGCGCCUCGUUCUACACUGCUCGCGACUUCAUCAGAGAAGCAGUCACAUUCCUCUCGCCCAACUACUCAGAUCGGCAAAAGUCCUUCAUCAUCAAGAGCAUGUGCAAACAUUAUGGUCAUCUGCUCGUGGAUCUCAGUGCCUCUGUGCCCGUGCAAUGGACGAAUGCAAUGACCAAUGGCCAUGUCGCGGAUGCUUUUACUCAAUUCUUGAAGACCUUCGCGAAAUUGGCGUAUGCGGAAACCCUCACUACGCACCGGAUGAGCAUUAGAAGUAUCUUCGAAGCAUCCAAGAACUUGGUACAUCAACAUGCCGCAAAUCACCGGGCAUCACCAAUUCUGACGGCCCCAGCUCCAAUAUCGCCCGUUCAAGCAUCACCUUUUAGCAUAUUGUCCACUCCGGCAACCACGAUUUUUGACCCCUUCGACUUUUCAUCACCACUACAGCCUCAGACGCCGUUUACGCCGUUCUUUACCCCAUUGACUACGGUAAUGGAUCCAGAGUUCGGAUUCCCGACAACUCCGCCUCACGACGCAGUGCAAUUCUUUAACCGCAUACUCGACUCACGAAGCCAACGUACCAUCAACUUGGCGUUCAAGCUAGAGUACUUGAAUGAAAAAUGCGCUAGGAAGGAUGCGCAGAUUGCGAAACUAGAAGGUGCAGCAUCGGGCGACGCUCCUGCUCAAGUUCUAGAGCGUGACUUCUUCGAUGGUUUGCGAGGCGACAUGGUUCUCGAUAAGCUUCAGCAUCUUGGCCAGCGCAUCAGCGAACUGAGACACGAGAUCGAUUGCACGGUGCUGCUGAUCGAGCUCAAGGACAUUCGGAUUGCGCAACUGCAGGCCAUGGCAGAUGCGGAUGCUGUCUUCGAGAGUAGGCGCGGGCCUGACAGCACGGCCAAGGAGUUACGAUCUGCGCAGAUGGAAGAACUGCGUGAAGAGGCGGAAAUUGAUGGCUCCCAGUCAGAGGCUAUCACUUCACUCCCUUCCAGUGAUGACAACCGCCCGUCAUUUGUCUCGGCGACUCUGAAUCCACCUGCCAUUUCACAUCAAAUUGACAGCACCAUCGACUCAGCCGGUUUCUCUCUCGCAUCGCGAAUCGACAACGAAGACCAAACGCUGCUGAUCAACGAAGAAGACUGCAACUCCACACUAGUCGACGACCCCUACCAAUCCGAAUUCCUGGACUCUGGUAAGGAGAAUCGGGAGAGUGUAGUAGACGCCCACGUUGAUGUCAAAGGCUGCUGUUAG